AUGGCGGCGGCGUACCAGCUCCGAAAGAGAGGACUCACUGUUCGAGUUCUGGAAGCUACAGAUCAUGUCGGUGGGCGCACGCGCAACAUUGACGUGGCCACAGGAAAAAUGGACGUUGGCACGGAUGAUGUCAUUGAAAUUGGCGGUACAUGGCUAUCUCCUGAUCACUCUGCGGCGUUGGACCUUUGCAGAGAGCUGGACAUUGAAGUCUACAAUGCCAGCUUUGUACCUGACCUCGACAUGCCGUCCGCUCCGAAGGAGGACAUGCCCUGGUGGUACUGGGGGUCAGACUACCCUGCAGAGCAGCGGCAGCUUCUGAAGCAGUCAGUGGUUCACACCUCCAGUGGGCGACACCUCUACACCACGGCCAGCGAGCUCAAGGCAGCCCUUCCAUCUCGCUCCAUCACGUCCUUGCAGCGCGUUGGAGAUUUCAUCGAUGGAAAAGCUGCAGGCAUCAGCGACAGGUGUUGGACUGCCAACGGCACGUCUUCUGCAUGGAGAGAAGCCGACAGAGACACCACCUGGGGGGCGCUUGGUGGAAAGCUGGAGGGCAAGGAUGCCGAGCAGGUGCUGAGAAACUGCAUCCACGAGAAAAACGCACAGGAGCCAGAAGCGGUCUCAUUCCUGUACAACCUCCUGUCCUUCAAAGGCUGCAACAGCAAGGGCGCAGACUCGCAGUAUCGAGUGCGCGGAGGAACUCAAGCCAUCCCACUCCGCAUUGCCGCGAAGCUUGGGGAUUCUGUGCUCUUGGGCCAGGAGGUGACCUCUGUCAAAUCCGACCGUGAGGGCGUGGAGGUCCGCGUUCGAUCAGGGAAGAGUUUCCGUGCGCGAGCAGCAAUCCUCACAGGACCUCCUUCAGCAAUAUUGGGUAUAAGUUUCGAUCCGCCUUUGGGUGGUGCCGAUGCCCAGUGGUUGCAGCGGAUGCCGAUGGGGACUUCGCUCAAGCUGGCAGCCGUCUACAAGGAAGGGCCAUGGUGGAGGGAGCUUGGCCUGCAGGGUGAAAUCCUGUCCACGAGCCUGCCACCGAAGCUGUCGCUCCCCGCCCCCGACACCGAUCUGCCUUUGUUUGUCCAGUGCAUGGACCACUCGCCCUACUCCAGACGACUUGGUGUUAUCGUGUGUUUUGUGGAGGGCCGGCAGAACCUUCAUUUUCUACAGAUGAGCCAGAAUGAGCAGCAGGAGCGCUUCCUGGAGUUCCUGGCGAUGAGCUUCAACAGCUCAAAGGCCAAAACACUGAGACCAAGCUUCGUGACGCACAACUGGGCGGAUCAGCCAUUUGCUCGGGGAGCUUACACCGGCUUCUUCACACCAGGUGUCAUGUCGGUUCCGGCGUUCUGGACAGCCUUCCAAAACAUGGAGAAGCUCCCCAACGUCUUCUUGGCAGGCUCUGACUACCACAUUGGUUUCGGCAACGGCUACAUCGAGGGGGCUCUGCGUGAUGGAGAAGGCGCCGCCCAUCGAGCGGCAGAGCGCCUUCAGCGCGCGAUGCAUGUCUGA